GCAAAAACACAGUUCCUAGCAGUUUGACUUCUCAAUGGCUUGCAGCGGGUCUCGCGAGAUGAUGCUAUUAAUUGUCGGGAAGUAUCUGUUUUCAUUAACCAUCAGGGUUGUGGAACGCACGUGGGAAAGAGGACGGCCAAAGGCAAAGGAAGCAGGCAUAGAGGGCAGUCGAUAACUGAGGGAAUUGAGUUAUUGGAAUAAUCCCGAGUGGUGCGCUUCCAAGUGAAAAAGCUUGAACACAUCUUGUGAUAGCUGUAGACUUCUCAGAAUAUGCUUAGCCAGUCGACUGUUAAAGGAAGAGAGAGAGAGAGAGGAGUGUGGAGUCUGAGCUUUUGAAAAAUGGCCAGUACUGGAUUAUCUUGGCAAAUAACCCAAAAUGCCACUGAGGCAGUGAGGAAUUCCUACAUCUAAUGUUAAACGUGCUGCAGUUGAGAUCCUGCUGUGAUGAGACUGCCACUUCGCACAUUCUUUCCUUAUGCUCUGCCUGGACUGCUGGCAUUUUUUGGUUUGUGGUGGUUUACUACACGUAAAAAGAACCAUGCAGGGAAGCAGGCUAAACAUGCAUGUGCUAAAGAGGAAGACACAGCAGCUGCCAAAAGAAGUGGCUUAGUAGAAGAAAUUGAUCCUAACACUCAAGCCUCACUUUCGAAUCAUGGUGAAUGUGAAGAGGUUUCCAUAGUUUGGGGUGGACAUACUAAACUGUCUUUGCCAGUGGAAAGUGUGGGUGUCUUGGAUCAGUCAUGUAGGUUGUCCUGCUCCACAGUAAGCACUGAAGAGACUGCGUUUGAGAAGGAAGAAAAAUUUACUCUAGAGUCUACACCAUCUCCAGAUUCAGACAAUGUGUGUGCAGGGGAGGCAAAUUAUUCCUUGAUAACAGAACAAGAGCAGUGCAGUGUUUCAGAAAUGCUUACUGAUUCUUUUGACCCAUUGCAAUUUGCUCAUCAUUUAAAAUUGAAUGAACAGGAUCAAGACAGUGUUCCUGAAUUACUGGACAGAGAGAAAACUGAAUUCUUGUCUGCUGUACUGCAGGAGGAAGUUUAUUAUCCUGCAGUACAAAAAAUGGAUCAUGAAAAUAUUCCAGAGUUGCCAGAAACUGAAAAUGUUCUCCUUUCUGCUGGUUCAUCAGAGGUUCUUCACACGGUACUAAAAGAACGGGAACAAAGUAGUGUUGUUGAAAUGACAGAGAUGGAGAAAGGUGUAGAGCCUUCCAUUUCAUUACAGCAGCAGAUGUUGCAUGUUGUAUCCGUGAGUGAAGAGCAGACUGGUGAUGAUGACAUGCUGGAGUGUGAAGCAUAUCUGCACUCUUCCAAUCCAUUACUGCAAGAAGCUGCACAUCAUCCAACCUUGAAUGAUCAGAAACAAGGCAGUGUCACCCACUUAGUAGAGUCUGAAAAACCUGGACAGUAUCAAAGUCCACUACAAGAUAGCAUGCUGCAGCACACCAUGUUUAAUGAUGAAGAGCAAGACAAUAUUCUUGAAUCCCUGAUCUUGAAACCUUUUCCACUUUACCAGAAUGCUGCAAGUCAUAUAAUAGAAAAGGGAAAAGUAUGUGACCUUGGACUUUCUGAUUUGCAGAAAUCUGUGCAGACUUCAUGUGUAUUGCAGGAUGAAAGUUGUACCAUACUAAAUGAAGCGAAAGAGAACAGUGUGCUUGAAUUGCCAGACUCUGAUAAAACCCACUGUACGUCUAUAUUGUUUCAGCAGAAGUCUUUACAUCUUGCAAAAGACUGUGAUCUGGGAGUUAGUGGUACUUCUAAAUCCCUGGACUCUGAAAAAAUUCCUCAUCCUCCCUGUCUGUUAUUUCAGAAAGCUGCAUAUCAUGAGGAAUCUAGUAAACUGGAAUUGAGCAGUGCUUUUCAAUCUGAAUCUGAAAAUGUACAACAUUCUUCAGGAGCCUUACAAGAACAGACUUCUUUCCCCAGUGUAGUGGUUGCACAGGAACAGACAAGUGGGUUAGAACUGGUGGAGUCUGAAAACUUUCCAUCUCUUUGUUCAUUACGGAAUGCAACCCAUCAGUCAGUACCUGUUCCUGAACUGUUGCCAUCUGAGAAAAAUAUUCAGUCAUGUAGUGUAUUACAUCAGGAGGCUGCAUAUCCUGUAAUGGCAGAUGAUCAGGUGCAAAGUUUUGUCGAGUCUCUAGAGUCUUGUGAAACUGAACACUCCUCCAAAGUGUUACAGCAAGAUGCUUUUCCUCAUACAAAGCUAGCUAAUCUAACAGAUAGUGGGAUUCUUGAAAUAGGUCCUGAAGCAACACUACACCCUUCCAUUUCUUCACAAGUGACUGUACAGCCCACAUUAAGUGAGCAAGAACAAAGCAGUGAUUGCCAGUCUGAAGAGACAGAGAAGAUAUUGAGAUUAGCCUUGCCACAACUGAAUGCAGUGCAGGACACAUUACAUGAACAGGAACAGAACAGAAUUCCUGAAAUGUCAGGGCCUGAGAAAAUGCUCAUGUGUUCAUGCCAUAUGGAAGAUGCCCAUUAUACAGGACUAACUGAACAGGAACAGAUUGCUUCUGAUGAAAUAUUGCAGCUUGAAAAUGGUUUCUGUUUUUCCUCUCAAUUACAGUCAAGUACAGUCACAAAGCAUGCACUGUUGUCUAAUCUGGAACUUUGUGACAGUUCUGGAAAAGCACAGGAAAUGGAAGGUAACAGUAAUAGCGCCUUUGCUGAGAAACCAAAAUCUUUAGAUGCUGUUCCCACUGACAUUCACUGUCCUUGCACUGAAGCUGCACCAAUACCUGAAAAUGAAGUAGUGGCUGCUGUGCUUGCUUCUCCCACUGUUGAAAAGAUAACUGGACCUGUUGAAGUACAUGAGAGUUUAGCAAACACAGGAAAAAUAGCUGUAGAGAAGACUCUGACUUCUGUAGAAGCAGGAAGUCAUGAAUUCUUGGAAACUAAAUUCAAUUUAGGUACUUCUGUAACUUGUAAUGAACUUUGUGCUGAAAAUUUUGAGCUCUUAAACAAUGAAGAAAACAUUACACUAGACAUGGUAAUUGAGGAGAGUUCUAUGAAAGCAAUUAAUCGUGUGGCUUCAGAUUUGGUUUCAAAGAUAAUUGAAGCAGCUGUUCAUGAAAUACUUUCUUCAGUUGAUCACAAAACUGAAAUGCACCCCAUAAAGACAGAUAUGAAGGUUGAGCAAGUUGUUUGCAGACUUGAGAUUGGUGAGGUAGAUACUGUACUGCAUGGAAAAACGUCAACACUAGUUAAAAGAGUAGAAGAUUUAAAGGUAGAAAUUGAAAACAGUUUGAUACUGGACAGUUCAUCAGUGAAAGCUCCCCCAAAUGAGAGUGAGUACUGCAAGCAAAAAGUUGAUACUGUUGAGUGUUCUGGAAAUGAAUACUCCGAUGAAGCUGACAUGAAGAAUCAUUCAGCAGACUUUUCAGUUCAACAUAGACUUUGUGAAGUGGGCCAUUAUUGUGCAGAGACAGUGAAAGAUGUGCCAGAAAGUACCAGUUUGAUAGCGGAAGAUUCUGGAUGUAGCACUUGCACGUCAGAAGAUGGUAUGUGUUCAGAGGACCCACUACAGAGCACUCCUUUGUCCAGUGUAUUAGUGGAUGUAUUGGGUGAAUCAGUAAUUAAAGAGGUGCUUGGUGUAAAAGAUGUAGAACCAGCCACAGUAAAGCAAACUAUUAGAGCAGAAGUGGAACAUGACAUUUCCUACAGCAAAGAAGCUGUUGCAAGAAAUUAUGUUACAAAGAAUGAAAGCCAGUGGUCUGCAGAAGUAGACAAUUCAGGAGGUUCUGAUGUGAACAGCAUGGACUCUGGUGACAGUGGCUGUGGGCUGAGUGGGUCAGAGCACCACCUCAGCCAGCAUACAAGUUUGAAUUCCAAUAAGUCUGAGUUUACAGUCUGGGAGAUAGAGGUGCCAAAGCACCUUGUUGGUCGUUUAAUUGGUAAACAGGGAAGAUACGUUAGCUAUCUUAAGCAGAUAUCUGGUGCCAAGAUAUACAUAACAACUGUGCCUUACACACAGGAGUUUCAGAUCUGUCAUAUAGAAGGUUCGCAGCAGCAGGUUGACAAAGCACUGAGUUUGAUUGGGGAGAAGUUUAGAGAACUGGAUCUAAUCAACAUCUAUGCACCACAACGCUCACUGACAUUACCAUCUCUGCCUAUGACUUCGUGGCUGUCACUUCCAGAGGGUGUUACAGUAGAAGUGAUUGUCGUGAGUGUAAUCAGUGCUGGACAUGUGUUUGUUCAGCAGCACACCCACCCUACUUUCCAUGCACUACGCUGUUUAGACCAUCAGAUGCGUUUAUGUUAUUCUCAACCUGGAAUACCAGCCAUGCCGGCACCAGUAGUUGGCGUUAUUUGUGCAGCUCCUGCAGCUGAUGGUGCUUGGUGGCGGGCUCAAGUUGUUGCCUAUUACAAAGAAAGCAAUGAGGCUGACAUUAGAUACGUGGACUACGGUGGUUAUGAAAAAGUUCAACUUGAAGCACUACGCCAGAUCAGGUCUGAUUUUGUGACCCUACCAUUUCAAGGAGUGGAAGUACUACUCGAUAACAUUGCACCCCUUCCAGGUGAAGAUCAUUUUUUAUCGGAAGCUGAUACUGCUCUGGUUGAAAUGACAAGAGGCUGUUCUCUGCUUGCGCAGGUUACAAAUUAUGAGAGCUCCAGUGGUUUGCCUUUAAUACAGUUAUGGAAUAUAAUGGGAGAUGAGGUAAUGUCUGUAAAUCGAACACUUGUGGAAAGAGGAUUAGCUCAGUGGAUAGACAGUUACUAAUCUGAGGCUAAGUGACCAGAAGGACUGUAUUCUGAAUCAAUUUUUAUGCACUUCGUUGGAAUUAGGCUUGGCAUAUGAUCUGUGUUUGCGAUGUACAGAUGUAAAUUAAAAUCAUUGCAAUGGUAUACACAGCAGCAUUGUGCAUAUAGAAUACUGUAUGUUUGGGAAAUGGAAAAGUAUAUUGUUUCUUUAUUCUGCUGUCUUUUUCUGCAAUAUUUCCUUUUUCCAAAACUGUAGGUGCCUUAGGGGAGGUUGUAAUUAAUGGUUAUGAUUAUGAUGGCAUCAUUCUCUCACCAAAAAUGUCCAUUCUGUCUUACUGCUUAUGGUCUCCAUUUGCUUCCCAAAGAUGCUUGUCCCAUUGGUAGAAAUAGUUAUAGUAAUAUAUUUUCAGAGUGACCUUGUGUGGUCAUAAGAAAUGUGAGUUGGAGUUUAUCAUGGGCCAAGCAAAAUAACAUUCAGGCGUGUAUGUGUGGAAGUUUGCAUCUAAAUGUUGCAUUCUUUAACCAGCAUUUUAUGUUAGUUUGUUCAUGUGGUUUCAAUUUUGAGUCUUGUACCCACCUGCAACUGUACUGCUCAUUGUAUUUAUUUAGUAGGUUGUCUUACACCCAAUAGUAAUGGUUUGUUGCUGUGUCACUUAGUCUAUUUUAAUAUCACACCCAUCAGCAUCAGUCUGAAAUUGAGGUGUGCAUCAAUUGUUUGGUGUGGCAUGGUCUUGUGCAGUGUUACUAACUGUGCAGUUAUUCCGUUUUCCAUACUGACUUGAUGCACUUGAUCUGUUUGACAGUGCAUGCAGUUCAAUGAUGUGGUAAAAAAUGUAAAAGUGCCAAGCCUAAAUUUAACUUUGUAUGAAUUUCAAUUUGCUUAACUGUGUGUAUAUAUUUAUAAAUAUAUAUAAAAUGAAUUUCACUGUAACAUUUUGUAACAGACUACUAAAUGACGAUUUUUUCUUAUCACAUUGCGUUACACUUUAUCUUGUGACGGUUUGGAGUGUGUAGCUUAUUUUAGCUCACCAAAUGUAUUUAAGUGAAGAAGUUGAAAGAUACGGCUCAGUGCAUCACUAUGUACAGUUUAAGUAUUGUUAACUGCUGUAUGUUAUGACAUAAAAGGUGACUACUUUAUUACCUGGUUGUACAGACAUGUAAAAAGAAUUAGCAAAAAAAAGUGAUUAUU